AUGAUUGUGGUUAUGGCUCUUUGCCAGCUGCAAGGUGGCCAAGGAGAAACUCUACCAGAUAUUGGAGUCAAUUGGGGUGCAAUAGCAUCUCAUCCUUUGAAUCCUCCUAUUGUGGUGAAUUUGUUGAAAGACAAUGGGAUUAAAAGAAUAAAGCUUUUUGAUGCAGAUCCUUGGACUGUUAGUGCUUUUUCUGGUUCAGACAUUGAAGUCAUGGUUGGAAUUCCUAAUGAGAUGUUAAAGAAACUGUCAAAGCAUAAAAAUCAAGCAGAAAAUUGGGUUAAACACAAUGUUAGCAAACAAGUGAAAGAAGGGGUCAACAUCAGAUAUAUAUCUGUUGGAAAUGAGCCAUUCUUGAAAACUUACAAUGGAUCAUUUGUGGAGAUCACACUCCCAGCAAUGAAAAAUGUUCAACGAGCCAUCAGUAAGGCUGGUUUGGGAGACCAAAUCAAGGUGACAACAGCUUUAAAUGCUGAUGUUUAUGAUUCUGCAACAGACAAACCCUCAGAUGGAAAUUUUCGGGAGGACAUUUAUGAUCUUAUGAAGCAAAUAGUUGUGUUUCUUGAUGAAAAUAAGGCACCAUUUCUUGUCAACAUAUAUCCAUUCCUUAGUCUAUAUCAAAAUGAUGAUUUUCCAAAGGAAUAUGCAUUUUUUGAUGGUAAUGCUAAAGGGACUGAUGACAAAAAUGUACAUUACAGCAACAUGUUUGAUGCAAAUUUAGAUACCCUUGUUUGGUCAUUGAAAAAAGCUGGUCACCCUAAUUUGUCAAUAGUUAUAGGUGAAGUUGGAUGGCCAACUGAUGGUGACAAAAAUGCCAAUUUGGAAAAUGCAAAAAGGUUCUACCAAGGUUUCCUUAAGAAAAUGGCAAACAAGAAAGGGUCUCCACUUCACCCAAACACUAUGGUUACUUAUCUAUUUUCUCUAACUGAUGAGAACCAGAAAAGCAUUGCACCAGGUGACUUUGAACGACAUUGGGGUAUUUUUCGUUAUGAUGGGAAACCAAAGUUUUCUAUUGAUUUUUCUGGGCAAGGACAAGAUAUAAUGCCAAUAGCAGCAAAAGGGGUUCUUUACCAAGAGAACAAAUGGUGUGUCAUUAAAAAUAAAAACGAUAAGCAAACUUUGGGAGAAUCAUUAUCUUACGCUUGUCAAGGUGGUGAUUGCACAAGCUUAGGUUUUCGUCGUUCUUGUUCAAACCUGGAUCUAUUUGGCAAUGCUUCAUAUGCUUUCAAUCAAUACUUUCAAAUAAACGAUCAAAGUGUUGAGGCAUGUGAUUUCAGUGGGAUUGCUGGUAUUGUAACAGAGGACCCAUCUAAAGGAACUUGCUUCUUUCCCAUAGCAAUCCAGAGCAGUGGAAACAUUCUUAGAGCAAUGCAAAAUGUUAAUGGCGUUUUAAUCGGAUUCGCAUUGAUUUUCACCUUUUUUCUAUAG